AUGGCAGCUGCUGGCUCUGCACUACGACGCAGGUCUGACUGUAUUAUUCUCGUCGAUGACGAUGGCGAAGCAGAGCAGCUACGGAGUACUGAAGUCAAGCGCCCAGCGACGCAGUUUGCAGGGGAUGCACAUAAAGGGGGAAAGUCUUCUGCAGGUGAGGAAAACCUUUCUGAAAAGGGUGCAUCAGGAUGCGACGCAGUCGCAUCCGUUAAACAGCGACUGCAAGAUAUUCAGCAGAGGCUGGAAGAGGUGGAGUCUCAUAUCGCCAUUCUGGAGGCGGAGCGUGUGCAAUUGAGGGAAGAAGAAGCUGAUCUUGUGGCUCAGCUCAAAAGCAGCAGCACGCAGGGGCGCGCGCUUGACGACGUCGAACUCGAUGAGCAAAACACCCGACAGACGGACUGGUCUUCGAGAGACUUCCCUUGGACGCGCGCAAUGGAAGAUGCAGCGCUCCGGUUUUUCGGGAUCGACAGCUUCCGCUUUAAUCAACGAGAAGUGAUGAAUGUGAUUCUCUCUGCCCAUGACGCGCUACUCAUCAUGCCCACGGGUGGAGGCAAGAGUCUGUGCUUCCAGCUCCCUGCCUUGAUUCAAGGCACCUCGAGCCGGCUUACGCUCAUUGUCUCUCCCUUGCUUUCCCUCAUGGCGGAUCAGGUUGCAGCCCUGCGAGCGCUGCGUCUCCAAGCCUUUUACCUUGCCACCACCAGCUCGAAGGAAGAGAACGAAGAGGUGAAAAGGGUGCUAAAGAGGCUGGAGGAAAAGCGGACGGACAGCCCGUCAGCCGAGGGACGAAAAGGGAAAACCCCUGCUCCACUCUCACCGUUGUCCUCUCACGAGCCUGGAGCGGUAUUUCUGUACGUGACUCCGGAGCGAAUCGCAAAGAGCAAGAGACUCAUGUCCCAGCUGGAAAAGAUCUACGCCGCAAAGAAUCUUGCGCUGCUUGUCGUUGACGAGGCCCACUGCGCUUCUCAAUGGGGCCACUCUUUUAGGCAGGAUUACCGACAGCUGAUCUUGCUAAAAACACAGUUCCCCCUCGUGCCUCUCUUGGCCCUCACGGCGACUGCGACCCCUCCGGUUGUCGAGGACAUUAAAAAGAUGCUGCACAUCCCGCGCAGCCGGGUGUUCCGGUCGCAUACGAACCGGGCAAAUCUGUUUUAUCACGUCGUCCACAAGCCGAAAACGAGCGAGGAGCAGUUCUGCCUGAUUGCCGGCUUUAUCAACACCUUCAAGGGGCAGUCAGGCAUUCUCUACUGCCUUUCGAGGAAGGAGGCCGAGACUCUUUGCGUGGCGCUAAAGCGUGACUUCCGCAUCCCGUGCGCAUUCUACCACGGUGACUUAGAUGCAAGCAGCCGUCUCGAGAUACACAGGCAGUGGUCAUCAGGCGCUGUGUCUGUCGUCGUGGCGACCGUCGCAUUCGGCAUGGGCAUCAACAAAGCAGAUGUGCGGUUCGUCGUGCAUCACUCUUUACCCAAGUCGCUGGAUAACUACUACCAAGAAACCGGCCGCGCAGGGCGCGAUGGACAGCCAGCCCACUGUCUGCUUCUCUAUCGGCCGUCGGACAUUGCACGGCAGUCCGUGAUGGUGUACUGGGAGCCGUCUGGGUUGCGGCUUCUGUACGAAAUGGUGUGCUUUUGCACGGGGCUAGCGCCACUCGGUGGCGGUUCGUGGCGCGGUGGAAGCUGCCGAAGAGAGGCCAUUUCAGAUCACUUCGGAGAUCCACACGUUCCAUGCGAACGCAUGUGCGACCGGUGUGCCGCGGAGUCUGUGGCAGGCGCAGAAGAAACGGGCGCAUCUGCACAUGACGCGGAGGUCUCGAGACAGAUGACCAAGAAACGGCGGACGGCGGGAAGCCUAUCUAUCCGCCAGGUAGCUGAGAAAGUGGACGUGGAGGCUUUACAGGAAGCCGUGCGGCUACUUCUUGUUGUGCUCAAAGAGGCUGACGGAAAAAAGGAAAAAACCGAUGUUGCGAAGAUGACGCUGCUGCAGUUGCAGACAGAAUGGAAGAAGAAGCUGAAGCGCAAGGACUUUGGAUUGCCUGCGGUUCCUGCGGACGCCGACGCUCUCCAAGCCAUCCUCGUGAACCUCGUCUGCCUCGACUAUCUUACGGAGACAUUUGCUCACACGCCCUAUAGCACGAACUCCUAUCUGCAACUUAGUUCCAAGGCGCGGCGGUGUCUUAGCGAAUUAGAGUAUCGUCGUCCCGAGGAUGUUCUGCGCGGGAUUGAUGCGCGAAUCCUCGGUGGAAGUCCCGCCUUUUUGAACAGGUGGACUGACUGCGGCCCUGUCACGUGGUCGAGUGUCCAACAGGCCCAGCAUUUGAACUCGAAGGGGCGAAAAGGGGGUGGCGGCGACAGCGAAGACGCGUGCUGUGUUUCUGCAUCGGGCAAGACGGAGUUUCUUGCGGGCCGCGCACGAGUCAUACGAGGCGCUCUCGAGCGAGUCGCCAAGACCCUGGCGCACCAGAACGGCGUGUACGCAUCGUGCGUUCUCGGAAAUAGCGAGAUCAAAAAGCUGUGUCUUCAUCUGUGUUGCAAGGGGCCUGACGCAAAAGGUGAGACGCCGGGGGAUGCAUGUGAAGGCGACAGCGAGGGAAACGGUGUUCGGCUGGACGUCCGCAGCAAGCGCAAAACUGCAACCUGGGCGUCUGUGCUGCAGACGGCGGCUUCCAGACCCGCCGUCACCCUGGCGCCGCCGAGUGUCAUGCUCGGGCAGGCACUUGUGCCCAGAAAAGUUGAGCUAUAUGGCGACGUAAUUACCCGCUCUUGUAUUGAAGCUUUUCAGCGGUGCUCGAACUCCUCUUCUGGUCAAACGUCUGCUGAGGAGUAG